AUGUCUAGCAACGUCUUCUUCAACAUUUCUAUCGGGGACCAGCCGGCAGGCAAGAUUGUCAUGCAGCUGUAUGAUGACAUUUGUCCCAAAACAACAGCCAAUUUUCGAGCGCUGUGUACGGGCGAAAAGGGUAUUGGCAAGACGGGGAAGCCGCUGUGCUACAAGGGUUCCUCCUUCCAUCGAGUCAUCAGGAAUUUUAUGAUCCAAAGCGGAGAUUUCACGAAUGGCGACGGAACGGGUGGUGAGAGCAUCUAUGGUGUUAAAUUUGAGGAUGAGAACUUUGAAGUGAAGCACUCAAAGCCGUACUUGUUGAGCAUGGCGAAUGCAGGUCAACACACAAACGGAUCGCAGUUCUUCAUCACCACCACGGAAACAUCCCAUCUCGACGGCAAGCAUGUGGUCUUUGGUGAAGUAACAAAAGGCAAAGGCUUGGUUCGGCAGAUUGAGAAUCAAAAGACUGGCCCUGCUGAUCUCCCCUUGGCGGCCGUCAAAAUUAUUGAUUGCGGUGUGGUAGACGAGUCGAAUGUCUCUUCUUCCGCGGCGGAUGCAGAAGACCCCUGGGAGGACUAUCCCGAUGACCACGAUGGUGAUCGAUCGGGUGAGGCCAUGUUUAAGAUUGCUUCUGACCUGAAGGCGCUCGGGAACAAGCACUUCAAAGAAGGCAACUUGGAGAAGGGUUUGGAGAAGUACAGCAAGGCAUUACGCUAUCUGCUUGACAUCAACUCUGACGAGGCGCACACCAUCAAAACUCAAAUUCGACCGCUGCGGACGUCCCUGAACCUCAAUUCUGCACUGCUGCAAUUGAAGUUGAAGCGCUUCAAGGAAGCUGUCCAAUCUGCCACGACUGUGCUUGAGUCGCCUGCGCCUGAAUUGACUGAUGCAGAUCGUGCCAAGGCUUACUACCGACGCGCGCUGGGCAGGGGUGGUAGCAAGGAUGAGGAAGGUGCCUUGGAGGAUUUGGCUGAGGCUGGCAAGUUGAUGCCUGAGGAUGGUGAGGUGAAGCGGGAAACGGCCAAGAUGAAGAAAGCGAUUGCUGAGAAGGUGCAGAAGCAGAAACAAGCGUAUGCCAAGAUGUUUGCAUAG